UGAGUGAGUGUGAGUGUGUGUGUAAAUGGCUCCUCCUGCCACUGAAAAUCGAAAUCGGAGCUCUCGGACCGGAGCUCCUGGACAGUAAAGCCUUUUCUCCGGAGCCUAGACCAAGCAGAUUCUCAGUGCAAUGCACUUUAGACUUUUAUUUACAUUUCCCGAGCUCGGCACAGUGUAAGGAUACAGAGGAAAGGGCUGCAACGGUGUGUGUUUUUACUAGAAACCCGUCAAAUGAACUCCGUCAGAGCGACUAACCGCAGACCCCGGCGAGUGUCGAGGCCGCGCCCGGUACCGCCGGACAGAAACAACGCAGAAAGGGUUGGUGGGACACCGUGUUUGUAGUGGUUACUGGACUAGUAGCCCUGGAGAGCCCCCGGUGCAACCAGAGCAACAGCGCUGCGUUUGCAGGAUUCUCACUCACGGAUGAUCCUCCGUGCAGAAUGGCAUUCAACUCACCUGAAGAUGAGGCAGAUCCUGCCGAGAUGGUUGCAGAAGAAUCUGGUCAAGGCGCUCAAAAUAGUCCGUACCAACUUCGAAGAAAAUCUCUGUUACCGAAGAGAACAGCUUGUCCAACAAAGACCAACAUGGAGGGUGCUUCCACAUCAACAACAGAAAACUUUGGGCAUCGGGCAAAACGUGCCAGAGUGUCGGGAAAAUCACAAGAUUUGCCUGUCACCCCAGCGGAGCAGUACCUGCAGGUGAAGCUUCCAGACGAGGUGGUCCUAAAAAUCUUCUCCUAUCUGUUGGAGCAGGACCUGUGUCGAGCGGCUUGCGUGUGUAAACGAUUUAGUGAAUUAGCCAACGACCCCAUCCUCUGGAAGAGACUCUACAUGGAGGUUUUCGAGUACACGCGUCCCAUGAUGCACCCCGAGUCUGGGAAGUUCUUCCAGAUCAACCCAGAGGAGCAUGAACAGCCCAAUCCCUGGAAGGAGAGCUUUCAGCAACUGUAUAAAGGUGCUCACGUGAAGCCGGGCUUCGCAGAGCAUUUCUACAGUAACCCGGCCAGAUACAAGGGACGAGAAAACAUGCUGUAUUACGACACCAUCGAAGACGCUCUGGGAGGGGUUCAGGAAGCCCACUUUGACGGUUUGAUAUUUGUCCACUCUGGGAUCUACACAGAUGAAUGGAUCUACAUCGAGUCGCCCAUCACGAUGAUUGGCGCUGCUCCGGGGAAAGUAGCGGAUAAAGUCAUCAUCGAGAACACUAGAGAUUCAACGUUUGUGUUCAUGGAGGGGUCAGAGGACGCGUAUGUAGGAUAUAUGACAAUAAAGUUCAAUCCUGAUGACAAAUCAGCUCAACAUCACAACGCUCAUCACUGCCUGGAGAUCACGGUCAACUGCAGCCCCAUCAUUGACCACUGCAUCAUCCGCAGUACCUGCACAGUGGGCUCUGCAGUGUGUGUAAGUGGCCAGGGAGCUUCACCCACGAUCAAACACUGUAACAUCAGUGACUGUGAGAAUGUAGGGCUCUAUAUCACGGACCACGCGCAGGGCAUUUACGAAGACAACGAGAUCUCCAAUAAUGCUCUAGCGGGGAUCUGGGUGAAAAACCACGGCAAUCCCAUCAUCAGACGGAACCACAUCCAUCACGGCAGAGAUGUCGGGGUGUUCACGUUUGACCACGGCAUGGGCUACUUUGAGAGCUGCAACAUCCACAGGAACCGGAUAGCAGGUUUCGAGGUGAAGGCGUAUGCUAACCCUACAGUAGUGCGCUGCGAGAUCCAUCACGGGCAGACGGGCGGCAUCUACGUGCACGAGAAGGGCCGAGGCCAGUUCAUCGAGAACAAGAUCUAUGCAAACAACUUUGCGGGUGUGUGGAUUACCUCAAACAGCGACCCCACGAUCAGGGGUAACGCCAUAUUUAAUGGCAACCAGGGUGGUGUUUACAUAUUCGGCGACGGCCGAGGUCUCAUCGAAGGGAACGACAUCUACGGCAACGCUUUAGCGGGAAUCCAGAUCCGGACCAACAGCUGCCCGAUCGUCCGGCACAACAAGAUCCACGACGGACAGCAUGGAGGCAUCUAUGUGCAUGAGAAGGGUCAGGGUGUGAUCGAGGAGAACGAGGUGUACAGCAACACACUGGCCGGUGUGUGGGUGACCACGGGCAGCACACCUGUGCUCCGCAGAAACAGAAUACACAGUGGAAAACAGGUGGGCGUUUAUUUCUAUGAUAAUGGUCACGGUGUGCUCGAAGACAAUGACAUCUAUAACCACAUGUACUCUGGAGUUCAGAUCAGAACUGGCAGCAAUCCCAAAAUUAGGAGGAAUAAAAUCUGGGGUGGACAAAAUGGAGGAAUUCUUGUUUACAAUUCAGGUUUAGGCUUUAUUGAAGACAAUGAGAUCUUUGACAACGCCAUGGCAGGGGUUUGGAUCAAGACCGACAGCAACCCCACACUCCGCAGGAACAAGAUCCACGACGGGCGGGACGGGGGAAUCUGUAUAUUCAACGGAGGACGAGGGUUGUUGGAAGAGAACGAUAUCUUCAGGAACGCCCAGGCGGGAGUCCUCAUCAGCACUAACAGUCACCCUGUGCUGCGCAAGAACAGGAUAUUUGAUGGAUUUGCUGCUGGUAUUGAGAUCACAAAUCACGCAACGGCAACAUUAGAAGGCAAUCAGAUUUUCAACAAUCGCUUCGGUGGAUUGUUUCUCGCAUCCGGCGUCAACGUCACAAUGAAAGACAACAAAAUCAUGAACAACCAGGAUGCCAUUGAGAAAGCUGUGAGCAGAGGUCAGUGCCUGUACAAGAUUUCCAGUUACACCAGCUAUCCAAUGCACGAUUUUUACAGGUGUCACACCUGUAACACGACAGACCGCAACGCCAUCUGUGUGAACUGCAUCAAGAAGUGUCAUCAAGGGCACGACGUAGAAUUUAUUAGACAUGAUAGGUUUUUCUGUGACUGUGGUGCAGGGACGUUGUCAAACCCUUGCACACUAGCCGGAGAGCCGACUCACGACACGGACACGCUGUACGACUCGGCUCCUCCUAUAGAGUCCAACACACUGCAGCACAACUGAACCUACAGACUCCGAGUGCUCAGUCCAGUGCAGAUGAGAUUACAAGCUAGAAAUAAUUCAAUUUUAUUAAAAAAAAAAACUGUAAACGUGGACAGAGAAAACAUUUCUAUUUAACAAAUGCAAACACACAGUCACUCUGCGAUCCUG